AUGGGCUGGCUGGCGGGGUCGUCGAUUUGUGCGAGUGUGGGGCAGGGGAAGACCAGUCAUCAUCAACUGUUUACUCUUACGUGGAUUCCAGCCUUAGAAAUGAAAGCACAGGCGAGCCUUUCCCUACGCAUCCUUACCCAUAACAUUCGGUACGCUACCUCGCAGCCGUUUAGAGGGGAAAAGCCAUGGGCGGAGCGAAAACAGUUGCUACUCAAUGAGCUUGUCUAUAAUACCCGACACAUUGACGAAUCUUUUAUAUGCCUGCAGGAAGUUCUCCAUGUCCAAUUGGAGGACAUUCUUGGGGGACUAACCCAGGCUGCAAAAGCAGAAGAGCAAUGGGCUUACAUCGGAGUUGGUCGAGAUGACGGUGAAAAGCAAGGCGAAUACUCCCCCAUUAUCUACCAACCGGUAACGUGGCAGCUACACCACUGGGAGACGGUAUGGCUGUCCGAAACACCUGAGAAACCCUCAAAAUCAUGGGAUGCAGCGUCAACCCGCAUUGUGACAAUUGGCGUUUUCCGGCACCGAGCCACUGGAAAAUUCCUGCUCGUCUUGAACACUCAUCUUGACGACCAAGGUCCACGGUCCCGGUACGAGGCGGCCCGGAUCAUCCUUGGUAAAAUUAAUGGAUAUCUCGACGGGUCAUAUGAUGAAACGAUAUCCGGAGUCGUCCUAGCAGGAGAUUUCAACAGUCAAGAGACCCAAGAGGCAUACCAAACCUUGACGGCCAAAGAGUCGAUCUUAGUAGACAGCCAGAAGAUCACGAAGGCAACAGAACAUUAUGGUAACGAGAUCACCUGGACUGGGUUUGGGUAUGAAGACGAACCAAAGUCAAGGAUCGAUUAUAUUUUGUUAGGGCCUGUUGACAAGAGUUCUGAUGAACCACAUCAUCGCUGGAAUUCCAUUGGAUAUGCCGUGUUGGCCAGUCGGUUCGAUGACGGGGUGUGGAAUUCUGAUCACCGCGCGGUAGUAGUCGAUGCGGAUUUGGCUGAUCCCAGUAUCUAA